GUGUAGCAUGUGUGUGUAUGAGUGAGUGUGUUUGUGUGCCCUGCAUGUGAGUGUUUGAUCCAUCUCUGUCCGUGAGAUGCCAUUACUCCCUCAGGAGGCAGAGCGUUUCGAUGGACUUUCUCUUCUCUACUGGACCAUCAUGGGGCCUCAGGGCAUCAACCGAGCCGUGCAAAGACUGGAGUUCUUUGACCUCAAGAGGGGACUUGGGGUGAAGAUUAUCGGAGGUUACCGGGAGGAUACCGGGGAGGAAUUUGGCCUCUUUAUCAAACGAGUGGUAGCUGGUGGCUUAGCAGCUCAGGAUGGGCGGCUUAAGGCAGGCGACCUAAUUUUGCAAGUCAAUAAUAACAAUUUGGUUGGCGUAACUAAUGACAGGGCAGUGGAGAUACUUCGCUCUGCUUCAGCCUCCAAUCACAUGUCCCUUUUGGUCGCCAGGGACGAUGAGUCCAGGAAGGAGUUCCUGUACCUGAUGGAAAAGUACGGCUCCAGCAGCAGUGCAGGAUCAGGGAGGAUCUCUCCAACCCAGACCCCCACAGGCAAGACGACAGACACAGCCUCCUCCUCCUCCUCCUCCAGAUCCACAAGCCCUCAACUCCUCAGCCCCAAGGAGGUGGGGCUCCCUGCUCCCCCCUACAACAGCAGCCCCCCCUACACCACCUCCUCCUUCACCGUACACCCACAGACGCACGCCUUCACUGACAGCGUAAUUCGGUUGAUAUGCGUCUCCAAGGGAACAGGCCUGGGACUUGUCAUCAAGGGUGGAGCCAACCGAGCAGAGGGACCAAUGGUGUUCAUUCAGGAAAUGGUGGUGGGAGGAGACUGCCAGAAGGACGGGAGACUGAUGGCAGGAGACCAGCUGGUGUCAGUCAACAAAGAGUCCCUUAUUGGAGUGACGUACGAGGAGGCCAGGAGCAUUAUCACACGCACCAAACUCAGACCAGACCCCACAGUGGAGAUAGCCUUCAUCAGAAGGGGGUCUUCAUCAAGUUCCAGCAGUGGUCCACAGAGCCCUGUCUCCAACCAGGCCCCCCCCAGUGCAGCUGUGCCCCAGGCCAGGCCUCUGGCCCCCAGCACGCUGCCUUCUACAGCCCCCCUGCCCCCCCAGGCCCCCCCGACCUCCUUGAUCCCCAGGGUCACUGCCAACCUCAACCCUGACUGCCAGACUCUGCCUUCAGUCAACAUCAGUCAGGUACGGGUGGUUCCUGUGAGAGUGGAGCAGACACGUGUCCCCUCCCCACCUGAGAGUGCCACCGUCACAGACGCCAAACCGGGAAGUCAGGAACCCUCACACAGGAAGUGCUCCAGCAGCCGCCUCAAACUGGAAAGACUGGAGCAGGCUCUGGAUGCACUUGGCCUGAAGCCCACAGAAGUGCAGAGUCAGAUGCUGAAGGCCAGACUACAGACAGACCCAGCUGGAACGGUGGCCCACGCUGACUUUGAGAGUCUCACCAGGGAGUUGUUUAAUCUCCAGUGGGAGGACUCAGGUACGGGGCCGGGGUCAAGGUUCAAUUCAGAUGACCUCUCCAGUCUGCUGGAGUCGCCUAGAAACCCGCAGCCAUCACUGUCAGAUUCUGAUGACCUGGAGGAGAUGGAGAGACUGAGGAAAGACCACAUUGAGGCCCUGAGGGAGAUUAAGAGACUGCAGGACCAGGUGGCUGAGUCACUAAAACUGCAGCAGCAGAUGCAGGCGGAGUUCACCAAGGUCCAACAGGAUAUGAAGGCUGGAGCAGAGGAGAGCCAUGCCUUGCGGAGCCGGGUCCACCUGGCGGAGGCAGCCCAGAAGCAGGCUCGGGGGAUGGAGAUGGACUAUGAAGAGGUGGUCCAUCUCUUGGAGGCUGAGAUUGCCGAGCUGAAGGCCCAGAGAGGAGGAAAGCCAGCCCAGUCCAAGGCACAGGAAGAGACGGAGGAGCUGAGAAAGCGAGUGGCAGUCCUGGAGUGUCAACUACGGAAGAGCGAAGGGUCCAAAAAGGGCUUUGAGGUGUCCACCAAUAAACUGCUCAAGUUUGUGGAGGCUGCUCAUGAGUUCCUCCAGGAGAACCAAGGGCCUGUGAAAAGCUACAGCUGUGGGGACGUGAAGGCGGGGUCGUCUCAGGCCGCUCGCCACGUGAAGAAGUCUCCUUGGACGGCCGCCACGCUGGCGGUGGAGGCUAAAGAACUGACACGCACAGUUAGAGCUAUUCUGGAGGUGGACUGUCUGCCGUAUGGAUGGGAGGAAGCCUACACUGCAGAUGGAGUCAAAUACUUCAUCAAUCAUGUGACCCAAUCAACGUCGUGGACCCACCCUGUGACCAGUGCAGUAAGCGGAGCCGACAGAGAACCAGGGGGGCAUGUAGUGGACACACCAAUAGAAACUGAGACAUAAGGUGGUGUAUAGCCUAACCAGCAGUGGGCCCAUAUACACAGUAAAUCUGACGUCCAACAUCACGCUGCGAGAAGACUGACAGGUCUGAACAGUCUGACAGAAGUAUGUUAGAAAGAGGAGGAGGGAGAGUAGGGUUGUGGAGGAGGAGGCUUUUCAUGAAGACUGUGUCAACACCACCCCUGCAGGUCUGGUUGAACAGUAGACCAGGAAACCCAGAACACACCUGUCCAGAUAACCUGCAUGCCAUUCUCCUCUCCACUCAGUUCCUCGCCGCAAUAACUCAAACAAAGCUCCAGUGCUGGCUUUGUCCUCUGAAGUCACGGGCCUCAGAACAAUGUUUGUGUUUGUCUCCAGAGCAGGGCAGCUGGCUCUGAGAAUGGCAAGAGAAAAUCCUUCGCUGGUACCUUUGUUUGCCACUGUGAAACUGCAUCUUUGAAGACUGUUUCCCCAACUCUGAUUGGGCCUCUCUCAGUCAGAGCAGAGCUGGGCUGGCUGCUGGAGAGCUGAGACAAACCUGCUUUGUGUUUCCCACCCUCUACUUCAGCUACAAGCCCUUGGAGGACAGUUAACAACAAUAGAUGACAGAUUUCAUAGGGCAGUUUAACCCUGUGGUUAGUAAGAUCAUGUGUAACAGUAAUGUGUAAUACAAAUGUACAACUCAUACAAAUGAGUAAAAUAACUAAAUGUAAAUAUUAUUGAAAUGUGCCGGAACAGAUUUGUAUUGAUAUGGAAUAAGGCUGAGGAAAGCAAACCCCCUCUCUCAAGAAGCAACUAGAGACUUACAGUAUCGUUACCCCAGUAAACACCUCAAGCUCUCAGUGUUCUUGAAGUAUAUGAUAACUUUUCUGUAACAUGCCUGGCUCCGGUUCCUGUACUGUACUGUACUGUAUACUGUAUACCCUUGAUAGCCUGUACCCUGCCUCAUAGCCUAACUGCCUCUCCUCCUGGCCUGUACCCUACCUCAUAGCCUAGCUGCCUCUACUCCAGGCCUGUACCCUGCCUCAUUGCCUAGCUGCCUCUCCUCCCGGCCUGUACCCUGCCUCAUAGCUUAGCUGCCUCUCCUCCUGGCCUGUACCCUGCCUCAUAGCUUAGCCGCCUCUCCUCCUGGCCUGUACCCUGCCUCAUAGCUUAGCUGCCUCUCCUCCUGGCCUGUACCCUGCCUCAUAGCUUAGCUGCCUCUCCUCCUGGCCUGUACCCUGCCUCAUAGCUUAGCCGCCUCUCCUCCUGGCCUGUACCCUGCCUCAUAGCUUAGCUGCCUCUCCUCCUGGCCUGUACCCUGCCUCAUA